CCUCAUUUUCUUAACCCUUUUUUCCCCUGUGUCAAUCAGGUGUUGCCUACCAACCCAGAGGAAAGCUGGCAGGUCUACAGCUCUGCCCAGGAUAGCGAGGGACGUUGUAUAUGCACAGUGGUGGCACCUCAACAGACGAUGUGCUCGCGUGAUGCCAGGACAAAGCAACUGAGACAACUAUUAGAAAAGGUGCAAAACAUGUCUCAGUCAAUAGAGGUGUUGGACAGGCGGACCCAGCGAGACCUACAGUACGUGGAGAAGAUGGAAAACCAGAUGAGAGGACUGGAAUCCAAAUUUAAGCAAGUGGAAGAAAGCCACAAGCAGCACCUGGCAAGGCAGUUUAAGGCAAUAAAAGCGAAAAUGGAGGAACUUAGGCCUUUGAUACCAGUGUUGGAAGAGUACAAAGCCGAUGCAAAAUUGGUAUUGCAGUUUAAAGAGGAGGUCCAGAAUCUGACGUCAGUUCUAAACGAACUCCAGGAAGAGAUUGGCGCCUAUGACUACGAAGAGCUUCAGAACAGAGUGUCAAAUCUUGAAGAAAGGCUUCGUGCAUGCAUGCAAAAAUUAGCUUGUGGCAAGCUGACGGGGAUAAGUGACCCAAUCACAAUUAAAACCUCGGGGUCCCGCUUCGGCUCGUGGAUGACGGACCCCCUCGCCCCAGAGGGAGAGAACAAGGUCUGGUACAUGGACAGCUACCACAACAACCGCUUCGUCCGCGAAUACAAAUCCAUGGCGGAUUUCAUGAACACCGACAAUUUUACCUCUCACCGUCUCCCUCACCCAUGGUCAGGCACUGGUCAAGUGGUCUACAAUGGCUCUAUCUAUUUCAAUAAAUACCAAAGCCACAUAAUUAUCAGGUUUGACUUGAAAACAGAGACCAUUCUCAAGACUCGCAGCCUGGAUUAUGCUGGCUACAACAACAUGUACCACUACGCCUGGGGCGGCCACUCGGACAUCGACCUCAUGGUGGAUGAGAACGGGCUGUGGGCCGUCUAUGCCACCAACCAGAAUGCGGGCAACAUCGUCAUCAGCAAGCUGGAUCCCAACACCCUGCAGAGCCUCCAGACCUGGAACACCAGCUACCCGAAACGCAGCGCUGGGGAAGCCUUCAUCAUCUGUGGCACGCUCUACGUCACCAAUGGCUAUUCGGGAGGCACCAAGGUGCACUACGCCUACCAGACCAAUGCCUCUACCUAUGAGUACAUCGACAUCCCGUUCCAGAACAAGUACUCGCACAUUUCCAUGUUGGACUACAACCCUAAGGAUCGGGCCCUCUAUGCCUGGAACAACGGGCACCAAAUACUUUACAAUGUCACCCUCUUCCACGUCAUCAGGUCCGAUGAGUUGUAGUCCAUCCUUGUUUAGAAACUGAUUUAGGAAAAAAAAAAAAAAAAAAGGGAGAAAUGAAUAUAAGAAACAAAUGCUAAUAUUGAGGAAACACACUUUAAAUAAGUAAAUAAACAAACAGCUGCCAAAAUUAAGACCGACGUCAUGGAGGAUUAUUCAGCAUAGAGCUGACAGAUCAGCAUUACCUCUGCAUUUCUAGAAGUCUGGCCCCGCGUUAUGGACUCAUGACUAACCAUGUACUUGCAGCUGGAACUGCACCUGGAGAACCACUUCAGUUUGGGGUUUUGUUUUCUUUCUGUUCCGAUAGCAAACCUAUAGUGCGUACAAAAGAAGUAAGGCAAUGACUGUUGGAAGUUUAUCCUUGGGAGACUCGCUCUCUUCUGUGUGGGGGUUGCAUGGACCUUUUCCGACAUCGCGGGCAGCUGUGAUGGAUGUGUGAUUUGUAUUUCUAAGCAGAAAGCUGACCCGUGAGGAGCUCUCGCUGUCUGAACAAGACCUAUCACAGGUUAGUUUUAUUCGCCUUCCAUUGCAGCUACUGUCUCUCAACUGUGUUCUUGUCACUUAGAUUAACUGUGCUGAGACCCGAAGUAGCUCAUGGAUCUGUGUCUUAGUAACUAUUAAACACGAUGGUUUAAGUAUGUAUUAUGAACAAGUUGUUGUACCCAUAUUGUUUGAACUUAUGUAUUCAGCAAAUAUAUUGUAUAAUGUAUGUCUGUUAUUUACCAGAGGUGGCAAAACUUUGUAUGUCCAGUUUAUGCAAUGAAUGUUGUAAAUGCAAUGAUGUAGUUUGGAUUAAUAAAUGAUGGUUUUGUUUCUAAAAAGAAAAAAAAAAAA